UGGUAUAUACAUAAACUUCCAAAAAUUAUUUUCUAAAUCAAUUACAUAACGAUAAGAACAAGAAAAUAAUCCAUCUAUACGGCCGGCAAAUUUUAUAAGAUUUAUAUAAAUCACAUCAAGCUUUCCUUCCUCCAUGUUUCAAAAGCUGAAGGAUAAAGACAGCUCUACUUGUCCCAGAAAUGGAGAAUCGCAGCCGCAGCGUCGAUAGCUGGCCGACCAGCCCGGAUUCCGACGAUCAUGAGCAGAAUUUCCAUAGCAUGCAGCCUGAAGCUCCGCAGGCAGCUCCCUUCGCUUCGUCAAACAGCCAAACGCCUCAGGCCACCGCCGGGAACCCGGCGGCUAACUCUUCUGAUUCGUAUGAAAAGAUGCAGCUGCCUUCGCCGCCGGGAAGGCGGCAGAGGAUGGCGCAGAUCGGACGGCCGUGGACAACGACGGUUUAUGAUUGUGGAUUGGACCGAACAAACGCAAUCAUGACAGCCUUAUGCCCCUGUGUUACCUUCGGUCAUAUUGCCGAAAUUGUGGACGAGGGCCAAACAAGCUGCACUGCGGGAAGUUUUAUGUACCUCCUCCUGGUUCCUGCUCUGUGUAGCUGCUGGAUUGUGGCUUCAAUCUACAGAAAAAAGCUGAGGAAAAAAUAUAGCUUGGUGCAGGCUCCAGCUGGGGACUGGAUCCUUCAUUUCUUUUGUCCUUUGUGCUCUCUAUGCCAGGAAUUCAGAGAGCUUAAAAGUAGAGGAAUUGACCCUGCCUUAGGUUGGAUGGGUUAUCUUGCCAAGCAACGAGAAGAAACACUCACCAUACCCCCAAAGAGCCAGGUCAUGAGUAUUUGAAGAAGAUUAAUAUUACACUUUCAAAAU